GAUCCGUUCACAUUCACAGCUCGACUGCGCACUCGGCAGACAUCUGAGUUUAUGAGAUCUCCUGACGGCGCUGCUCUCCGAUUCUAGCGGUCCAGCGAGAGAAACUAAUAUAUGAUUGUAAGUCCGUUCAGGAUGCCUGGAUCACUCCCUGCUGUUUGUGAGGCCGCAUGGCCUAAAGAUGUGGGAAUCAUGGCUGUGGAGGUGUACGUUCCCUCUCAGUACGUGGAGCAGGCGGAGCUGGAAGAGUUCGAUGGGGUCGGAGCGGGGAAAUACACGGUGGGGCUGGGCCAGGCGCGCAUGGGCUUCUGCUCGGACCGGGAGGACAUCAGCUCUCUGUGCCUGACGGUGGUGCAGCGGCUGAUGGAGCGCAGCUGCCUGUCCUACCAGAGCGUGGGCCGGCUGGAGGUGGGCACGGAAACCAUCAUCGACAAGUCCAAGUCCACCAAGACCGUCCUGAUGCAGCUGUUCGAGGAGUCGGGCAACACUGACGUGGAGGGAGUGGACACCACUAACGCCUGCUACGGAGGAACCGCCGCGCUCUUCAACGCCGUCAACUGGGUGGAGUCCAGCUCCUGGGACGGCCGUUAUGCUCUGGUUGUUGCGGGUGACAUUGCUGUGUAUGCCAUGGGCGGCGCCAGGCCGACAGGGGGAGCCGGAGCCGUGGCCAUGCUAGUCGGACCCAACGCCCCUCUGGCCUUCGAGAGAGGGCUUCGUGGGACACAUAUGCAACAUGCGUAUGAUUUCUAUAAGCCAGAUAUGGUGUCUGAGUAUCCAGUGGUGGACGGCAAGCUUUCCAUCCAGUGUUACCUCAGCGCUUUAGAUCGCUGCUACUCCGUCUACAGGAACAAGAUCCAUGCCCAGUGGCAGAGAGAGGGUCUUGAAAAGCAUUGUAGUCUUGAAGACUUCGGCUUCAUGGUGUUCCACUCUCCUUACUGUAAACUGGUGCAGAAGUCUUUGGCUCGACUAAUGCUCAACGAUUUCCUCUGUCAUCCCAGUCCAGACACAGAGAGCGGGCCCUUCAGCGGACUGGAAGCUUUCAGAGAUGUGAAGAUUGAGGACACUUACUUCGACAGAGAUGUGGAGAAGACCUUUAUGAAGGCCAGUUCAGAAGUGUUUGAGAAUAAGACAAAGGCGUCUCUCCUUAUAUCAAACCAGAAUGGUAACAUGUACACACCAUCAGUGUACGGCUGCUUGGCUUCAGUUCUCGCUCAACAUGCACCGCAGCAGUUGGCAGGACAGAGAAUCGGUGUGUUUUCUUAUGGCUCAGGCUUUGCUGCUACGCUCUACUCCAUCAAAGUCACACAAGAUGCUACACCUGGAUCUGCUCUGGAUAAGUUGGUCUCCAGCCUGUGUGACUUGCAGGCCAGACUGGACUCCAGAAAGAAGGUUUCACCAGAUGUUUUUGCUCAGAACAUGAAGCUCAGAGAAGAAACCCACCAUUUAGCAAACUACAUCCCUCAAGGCUCUGUAGAGGAACUCUUCCCAGGAACAUGGUACCUCACUCAUGUGGACGAGAAGCAUCGCAGGCAGUACGCCAGGCGCUCGGUGAGCGAUGACAGACCGCUGCAGGCCGGACUCCUCGCUUCCAGCAUUGCGGCUGAGCAUAUUCCCAGCCCGCUUAAGAAGAUGCCCCGCAUCCCAGCUACCACAGCUGGCCCUGAGGUGCUCGUCAUUAGUAACGGGGAGCAUUAAGUUUACCUCUAUGAGGUGCUCACAAUGGCAGAUCACAUGAUCUGGAAAUACGACACGCUAAAAAGGGCCCCAGGACUUCUGCAGCCAGAUCACUUCUCAAUGAGUGAUGUGAAACUCAAAGCUUUUUAAUGUUCCAGGACAGACUCCGUUCGACCAUCACUGUGUUGAAGGCAGUAGUUUGGAAACGAAGUGGUGAGCUCCCACAAACUGCCUCUCAGAGUCAUCUAUGCAGAUAUCCUGAAUUGUUUAAUCCUUUUAAGUUCAAAUAUCUACCUGUUGGCAUUUCACAAGCUCCAUGUUGUCUUAAACUAACCCUGUCAUUUAAAGCAGACGUUUUAAGACAGAAAAGAACAUCAAAACGUGAAUGUCUUGAAGAAGAACGCCCCUCGUUGUUUUUAAUUGAUCUAAAUGCUGCAUGGCUCCGUUCUCGUCAGCUGACGGCUGUCACAACUCCUGUUUUUGCUAAACUGUUGUCUUAUAAAACUCCUUUCUAGUCAGUCUUAUCACCAUGGCCAUGUCAGGGAAAUGUGCCUGGAUCACAUAAUAAUGAGCCAUUAACUUAAACUAUAUAGUCGCAGCUAAACGGGCUUCCGUUGGCAUUUAUGUCCUUCGAAAUGAGAAUCAUUUAUUUGAUAUUCAUUCUAGCCAAAGUAGAUGAGGAAAAAGUCAUGAUUAUUGUAUAGAGGACAAAAAUGUGAUGAUAACUUAGUGGCAAUGCUUUAAAAGCUAUGAAAUAAUAUAAUAAUCAAACUGGUAACAUCUUUUGGACAACAGACAGUUUUCGAGAUUAAAGUGAGAAAAAGCAUCUGAUUGUCAUGUCAGCUGUUCAACCAAAUUGUCGUAUUUUACUCACCCUCAUUUUGGUCCAAUACAAGUCCAUACACUCUCAGAAAAAAAGGUACAUAAUCUGUCAAUGGGGCAGUAUCUUUUCAAAAGAUACACCUUGGUACCUAAAGGGUCCAUACUGGUGCCAUAAAGGUACAUAUUAAUACCUAAAAGGUA